UCCUACCAUCAUUUUUAUCUUUAUUUAUACUCCGUCCGUCCACAGUAGUAACUCCACCUAACCACCCCCAAUUCCGUAAAAAAUGCAGGCCAUUUAAAAAAGAUUUCAUCUUUUUCAUCGGAGAAACAAGAAACUUCGAUUCCUUAUACAUCAUACAACUAGAGAUGGAUCCAUCAAGAACAAAGACAGAGAUUCUGGAUCCAACGCUACACGCAGUGGGAUUCGAGAUAGGGGAGAUAACGCCGCACAAGGUGACCGGCCGGCUUCCGGUGACGGCGAAGUGCUGCCAGCCGUUCAAGGUGUUGCACGGAGGAGUAUCGGCAUUGAUAGCGGAGGCUCUGGCCAGCAUGGGCGCCCACAUGGCGUCGGGGUUCAGGAGAGUCGCCGGAGUCCAGCUCAGCAUCAACCAUCUGAAGAGUGCACAAAUGGGGGACCUCGUCUUCGCCGAGGCAACGCCGGUCAACGUCGGAAAAACCCUUCAGGUCUGGGAAGUGAGGCUUUGGAAGGCGGAUGAAGAAGAAGAAGUGGAAGAAGAUAAAGGAAGAGUUAUGAUAUCUUCUUCAAGGGUCACUCUGUUGGUAAUGUCUGUUCCUCAACCUGCCGCCAUAGAUGCUGCCCAGAAUCUCAAGAAGUUCGCAAAAUUGUAACUCCUUAGUCCUUUGUUCUACAUAGUCUUCUUCAUCAAGUCUAGUUUAUUCACACCAAAUUUCAGCUAAAAUUUCAAUCGAGAAGUGAGUCAAAUGAUUUUUUGAAAUAUAAUGUGUUGCCUAACUACGCAGUUAUCUUCAAAAAUUCAUUUGACUGCCUUCCCGAUUGAAUGUUUAGUCGAAAUUUGGUAUGAGUAAACUAGACUUAACGAAGAAGAUUCUCAAAAGUUUCAUCAAAUUAUUUCACUGUAAACCGCUUCAAAUGGCGACAGACGGAAAGAGCCUCCUAUAAAAGGGCUUAUUUGCACUUUUUAUAAAAGUUCGAAAGCUUAUUUGAUAGUUCUCUUGGUUACAUCAAUCUUGAAAUGAACUAAUUGGAAUCAGUGAA